CUCUUCUCAACCGACAAACUCGGUGUACGGGGCAAUGCCGCCAGUGCCACACAGGUGACGGGCAGCCAGAAGACCAUCGCACAGCUGCUAGCAGAUCAUCAUGAACGCGACGAAGCUCGAGCUCUAUGACCAUCAUCCCGGGAGCAAUGGCCAUGUCCACGUGUCGUCCACCGCCCUGGGCUCUGUGGGCACCCUGGGCGCAUCGUCCAACACCCCAUCCGACUCUGACUCGGGCAUGGACGACGACCGAGAUGGCUCCAAAAAGCGCAAGAGGCCCAUGAACGUCACCUGCGAAGCCUGUAAGCAACGAAAAGUGAAAUGCGACCGUGCCCAGCCUGCCUGUGGGUGGUGCUCUCGCAAUGAUCAUCCCUGUGAAUACAAGGAGCGGAAGAAGCCCGGCCUUCGCGCCGGUUAUGGUAGGGAGCUCGAGGGCAGACUGGAUCGCCUCGAGGCUCUGUUGAAUGAACAAGGCCGCCAGUUGGCCGCCCAUCUCGCAGAAGCAUGCACCAUUGACGCCGGUGUCGGCUCUGCCAGCAACAGGCACAGUGUGCAAGGCUUAGGUCCCGACGUCGGCCGGUCACGGGCUUCGUACGAUGCGCAGGGGAUCAAUGUCGCCGGGGAGCUCCAGCAACAGAUGAUCGAUCCCAACUUGCAUGCUUCCACCUCGCGACAUGGCUCUCUACAGUAUCAGCAGGGAGCUCCAGACCAGCAAAUGGCGCAGCAGAGCCACUACACUCCCUCUGCUCAGUCGCAUGCACUCACCUCACCUCAUUCCACAACAGGAUAUCAAGGCGCCCAAAUGUACAAUGAGUAUUCGGCUAUGCUUCCUCCGUAUGACCUCCUAUAUGCCUUGGUGGAUCUCUAUUUCAAGCACAUCAAUAUAUGGCUGCCCUUGCUGGACCGAAAAACCACUCUAGACACAUUGUUUGGAGCCUCGACCCUCGACGAAGCCGACAGAGUGCUGCUGCAUGCCAUCGUAGCAACUACGCUACGCUUCUCGCAGGAUCCUCGGUUAACCCCGGAAGGCCGCCAGCACUAUCAUGACACCUCUAAGCAACGUGUUCAGUUGUUCGGAUUGGAAAAUUCGAAUGUGCGAGCUCUGCAAGCACUCGUCAUUCUGGCGUUGGAUGUGACAGGGUCGACGAAUGGUCCUCCGGCAUGGAAUCUUCUUGCGCUGAUCAGUAGAAGCAUGGUACAACUAGGGCUUGCGGUAGAAUCAGGCUCUGCGCUUGCCUCACCUAUGUAUCCUUCCAUCGCAACCCUCAGGGCUUCUGUUCUGCCCGAGCCCAAAUCCUGGAUCGAGGAUGAAGAGCGACGUAGGCUCUUCUGGGCAGUUUACCUGCUUGAUCGAUACGCCACCAUUGCUACGGCAUUCGAGUUCGCGCUGGACGAGAAAGAGGUUGACCGGCGUCUGCCUUGCAGAGACGACCUGUUCGCGGCGAACAAGCCUGUCGAGACGAGGUGGUUUCGGCCGCCAGAGCGCCCUCGAUAUGCCACAGGGAUGGCCGACACCCAUGGACAUUUCUCCUAUCAUUGUGAGCUCAUGGCUAUUCUGGGCCAUAUCCACCAGUUUCUGAAACGGCCCGUGGACAUUGGCUCGUUGACCGACGUGGAGCAGUGGCAAGGCUCGUACCGAGCCCUCGACAGCGAUCUAAACGCGUGGCACUUCAGUCUGCCUGACGAGUUCGCCAACAUCACUCGGCUCCUAAAAUCCAACGUGCCGGCUAAAAAUACAAAUUGUGGCUGGAUCAUGCUGCAUGCGGCGUAUUGUCUGACAGUCAUUCGCUUGAACUCUUCGGCGGCAUACCCCAGCCAGAGUUCGCCGAUCUUCUCUUCAUCCUAUAGCGCCAUGCAGCGGUGUUUAUCCGCCGUCGAGAACUUGCGUCAGCUCUGUCGUUUUGUCAAGCUCAGUGGCCUGCUGGACCGCCUUGGGCCCCCAUUUGCCUUUGCCAUCUGGGUCGGGGCACGGGUCAUGUUGGUGCACGGAUCAACCAUGGAUCACGAAGUGGACCCCGACAUUGACUUCUUCGUGACGACCCUCGCCGAGAUGGGGGAGAAUUGGCUUGUUGCCAAACGGUACAGCGAAAUCCUGAGCCGGGUUCUAGGGGAGUAUCGUCAGUCGCAGCGAACCAGUGGAGUGACAGGGGAGAGGGUGACUCCGUCGACGGUCAAAAUCCUCGCCGACAUGCGCCGAUGUGCCUACGAUCUCGACUUUCUCAUCUCCCGCCAGCCGCACGCUGCGGCCGUGAAAUCAUACCACCCGACACGAGCAAACACUCCAGCCCCCAACGAACUCGAGUAUCUCGACGUCUUUGACCUUUUCAACUUCCCCCGAGUCCCCAUGACUCAGGAGGGGGUGGAAAAUGGAAGCGCACAGGGCCUGGGCCAAGCUGCGCCCCCGGAUCUUGCGGCGAUGAACGCUGGAAUGAUCCCGAACUUUGCAGUCCCUAACCCGGAAGCUGAUUGGCUCUUCCAUACAAAUUAAUGCCAUGAAUUGGCGGAGAGGCAAAGUUUGCGUGUGCUGUGACGUGCCAUGAUAUGACCGGGGCUGGGUGGGUUUGCCCAACCGAGAGGCCCCAGACGGCAUUUCUCCAGUCGCAGAUUUGUCAGGAAAGACAAUUCCGCUCUCAUUGCCUCAUCUCGAGGAUUUGGAAUCUGGUCCCAAGCCUUAGGGCUGGUGGGAGGCAAAACCGAAACCACACCUUCGAGGGGGCAACACGUUCGGGAUGACAAGUUCCCGACGGCCAUGAGACAGGCCUUUGUUUGCAGUGGACUGGAAUAACAGCACUGAGCGAAUGUGUGAUGGUGUCAGCAAGGACGGGGGUGGGGGAAGGGGAACAACGUGACACUGCCCAUAGUAUUUUUGUACCCGUUGUUAUGGUGAGGUUUUGAAUCGAGUCAGCCUUACCCGAUACCCGAUCGGGCGACGCAAAGAGGCCUCGGAAGGGGAUAGGUUGAGUCGGGGCCAGGACCCAGGAGAAAGCCAGUACCCAGUAGUCGUAAUGAUGAACAAAAGAGCAUGCCUUGCGAUAUAGGGUGAGGAUGAGGGUAUGGCCACGGUUAU